UUUUUCCCUCUUGUUUCUUUUGUCAUGCUUGCGCUCUCCGCCACUUCCGCAUUAUUCUUCACCUUCAAAUCUUCUUCCCGAGGUUCUCAUAGCAACGAAUCAAGGACAGAUCAGUCAUUUGAUUGAUAAUCAUUAUUAUGCAUGGUAAUUAGUGUCUGAUCCGAGAAAUCGAGAAGACGCUUUAUGGAAAUUUUUUUAAUUAUCCUUGCAAAUUCUCUGAUUUAAAAUACUCUCGUGAAGAAGAUAUUUAAGGUCUGUUUGUUUACUUAGAAAAAAAUGGGGUUUCUUAGCACAAUAUCAGGGUUUUGUGGAUUUGGUGUUGGAGUUUCCACGGGUCUCACCAUCGGUUAUUACCUCUUUAUCUACUUCCAACCCACCGAUGUCAAGGAUCCCGAGGUUCGGCCAUUGGCAGAGCAAGACUCCGAAACUUUGCAACGGAUUCUUCCAGAAAUACCGCUAUGGGUGAAAAAUCCAGACUAUGAUCGCAUUGAUUGGCUAAACAGGUUUAUUCAACUUAUGUGGCCUUACCUCGACAAGGCCAUUUGUAAGACUGUGAAGAAUAUUGCGACGCCGAUAAUUGCUGAGGAGAUUCCGAAAUACAAAAUUGAUGCGGUUGAGUUUGAAACUCUUACACUUGGAACCCUACCGCCAACUUUUCACGGUAUGAAAGUUUAUGUCACUGAUGAGAAGGAGUUGAUAAUGGAACCAUGCAUCAAAUGGGCUGGAAAUCCUAAUGUCACUGUUGCUGUUAAAGCAUUUGGGUUGAAAGCAACUGCCCAGGUGGUUGAUUUACAAGUUUUUGCUUCACCACGCAUAACUUUGAAGCCCUUGGUUCCUAGUUUUCCUUGUUUUGCCAACAUCUAUGUGUCUCUCAUGGAGAAGCCACAUGUUGACUUUGGGCUCAAGCUCUUGGGGGCUGAUCUAAUGUCAAUACCUGGCCUUUACAGGGUCGUCCAGGAGAUUAUUAAAGAACAGGUUGCAAACAUGUAUCUAUGGCCUAAAACCCUGGAAGUACCCAUCUUGGAUCCUGCAAAUGCCAUGAAGAGGCCUGUGGGAAUUCUCAAAGUGAAGGUUCUGAGGGCAAUGAAGCUGAAGAAGAAAGAUCUGAUGGGAGCAUCAGACCCUUAUGUGAAAAUAAAGCUGACUGAAGAUAAGCUUCCAGCCAAAAAGACUACUGUGAAGCACAAGAACUUGAACCCUGAAUGGAAUGAGGAUUUCAAUUUGGUUGUUAAAGAUCCAGAGUCUCAGGCUUUAGAGCUUCGUGUUUUUGACUGGGAGCAGGUUGGCAAACAUGACAGGAUGGGUAUGAAUGUAGUGCCACUGAAAGAUCUCACACCAGAGGAACCAAAAGUCAUGACUCUCGACCUCCUUAAAAAUAUGGACUUGAAUGAUCCUCAGAAUGAAAAGUCACGAGGGCAGCUUAUGGUGGAAUUGACAUAUAAACCCUUCAAAGAGGACGAUUUGAACAAAAGUUUUAAAGAUGAGGUGGAACAGAAGGCUCCUGAAGGGACCCCUGCUGGUGGAGGUCUGCUUGUUGUAACGAUUCAUGAAGCUCAAGAUGUUGAAGGAAAGCAUCACACUAAUCCAUACGUACGCCUUCUUUUUAGAGGGGAGGAGAUGAAGACCAAGCGUGUAAAGAAGAACAGGGAUCCUAGAUGGGAGGAGGAAUUCCAGUUUACACUGGAGGAGCCCCCCGUUAAUGCGAAGCUACAUGUGGAAGUUGUUAGCACCUCAUCCAGGAUUGGCCUGCUGCAUCCAAAGGAAUCACUUGGUUACGUGGAGAUCAAUCUCUCAGAUGUUGUUAGCAACAGAAGAAUCAACGAGAAGUAUCACCUUAUAGACUCGAAGAAUGGAAAGAUUCAGAUUGAGCUGCAGUGGAGACCAGCUUCAUAAGCCUAUCGAUUGUCCUCUCUUUUGUUUUUCUUUGUUCUCAAGCCUCGAAAUUCCUUGUUUCAGCAAAAUUCUUUAUGUUGCUUAUGUACAUUGAUUGCAAUUAAAGAAACUAUUCAUGGGCUUAUACGGGAUUCAAAA